AUGUAUCAAUCACUUAUCUGUCGGCAGAUGAACGCAGAUCUAUCGAUUGCUUUUGAUUUUUCUUGUAAAAGACACAGUGUCCGCGCACCCAAGCGGAUAACCUUCCCUAUUCUUCCCUAUCCGCGUAUCCAAGCGGAUACCCUUGCUUAUUCUUCCCUAUCUGCACAUCCAAGCGGAUACCGUUCCCUAUUCUUCCUUAUCCGCGUAUCCAAGGGGAUAACCUUGUCUAUUCUUCCCUAUCCGCGUAUCCAAUGGAUAACCUUCCCUAUUCUUCCCUAUCCACGCAUCCAAGUGGAUACCCUUGCCUAUUCUUCCCUAUCUGCGAAUUCAAGCGGAUACACUUCUCUAUUCUUCGCUAUCCGCGUAUUCAAGUGGAUGGAUACCUUUCCAUAUUCUUCCCUAUCCGCGCAUCGAAGUGUAUAUUCUUGCCUAUUCUUCCCUAUCCGCGUAUCCAAGAAGAUACCCUUGUUUAUUCUUCCCUAUCCGCGUAUCCAAGAUGAUACCCUUGCCUAUUCUUCCUUAUCCGCGUGCCCAAUCGGAUACUCUUCCCUAUUCUUCCCUAUCCGCGCAUCCAAGUGGAUACCUUUCUAUAUUCUUCCCUAUCCGCGUAUCGAAGUGUAUAUUCUUGUCUAUUCUUCCCUAUCCGCGUGCCCAAUCGGAUACCCUUCCCUAUCCGCGCUUCGAAGUGUAUAUUCUUGCCUCUUCUUCCCUAUCCGCGUAUCCAAUCGGAUACCCUUCCCUAUUCUUCCCUUCGUUUUCCGUAUUACUGCACAUACAAAAUAUUAUCUAUCUAUCUAUCUAUCUAUCUAUCUAUCUAUCUAUCUAUCUAUCUAUAUAUAUAUAUAUAUAUAUAUAUCCAAAUUUUUUUCUACCAAUCAUUUUCUACCCACAAAUCUAUGUCUCUUCUACCAAUCUAUUUUUUCUAUCUCCCUAUCUUUUUUUACCCACAUAAUUUUUAUCUAUCUAUCUAUCUAUGUUUAUUCUACUUAUCUAUCUAUCUAUCUAUCUAUCUAUCUAUCUAUCUAUCUAUCUAUCUAUCUAUCAGUCUGCUUAGAUCUAUCUAUCUAUCUAUCUAUCUAUCUAUCUAUGUUUAUUUUACUUAUCUUUUUUCUAUCUUUCUAUAAAUCUAUCUAUCUAUCUAUCUAUCUAUCUAUCUAUCUAUUACAUAAAUUUUUUUUCAGUUUUCACAUUAAUAUCUAUCUAUCUAUCUAUCUAUCUAUCUAUCUAUAG